UUGACAGAGACCUGAUGACAGAAUACUGUUUUAUUUUCACAUAUUUGCUUCAAAGUAGCAGUAAAUAUGUGUAUGAACCUGAUGAAUACAAUAUAAUAACACAGCCGUCUAUAUUAUUUGUUACCAGUUUUCUACAUGUACUUUUUAUUGAAUUUUUUCAUCACUGUAACUACAUGAAAUCUCCCUUUUCCACCGACAGGUCUUUCUUUGAAGAAAAGGUGAACAGUGCAUCUUUUACCAGAGCUCCAUCCCUGAAUGGCAGAUAGAGAUGGGGCCCAUCCAUGUGAUGAUGUGGAUCAAUAUUGGUGUCUGCCUUCCUUUGACCAUACUGGUCAUCUGCUGUUUGUGUUGUGUGGUGCGACGGGAUCAGGUCCCUGUCAUCUAUUACACAAACCUCCUGAUCUCCAACCUAAUCCAGAUGUGCACUAUCAUCAUUAUCGUGGCAAAACCAGAUGAUCAUGAAACCUACAUGAUGUCUUUUGUUAUUUACUAUUUCGGUGUCCAGGCCAGUCUUUACUUCAAGUUGUGCAUUGCUCUGGAAAGGUGUUUUUUCAUCACCCGCCCACUGACGGACUUUAUGAGGCAAACCAGGAGUUCUGUGCUGGUCUGCAUUCUGGUCUGGGCCCUUUGUGUUGUCAGUGUACCUGUUGCCAUAGUCUUGCGUUAUUUUCUACGAGUCCUUAUUUUGAUCCUAGUCCCUGCCUUUCUGUUCAUCAUCUGUUUUGCUGCGACCCUCAAAGCCCUGCAUGCUGCCUCCACAGUGAGCACCGAGGAAAAGCGAAGAAUUGUAGGAACUUUGGUUCUGUUGCAGCUUAGUUACUUUCUGAUGAUCCUACCUGCAAUUACUGAGUUAACUUUUGAAUUUCACCCACAUGACACUGUCAGAGAUGUUGUUUUUAUCUUGUUUCUACUCAGUCCUUUUAUGGACCUGAUUUUGUUUAUUCUCAUGCAGAAAAUGCCCACUGACAAGCGGCUGGCUGGUUUGUGCUGCUGCAGUAGGUGUAGCAGCAGCUCAUCAUUGUGAGGAAAAGCAAAUGGCUGUUGUACUACAGAUUUAAGCAGCAAAAACGAUUUUAUUUUAUAUGCUCGAAUAUACAGAAAAUAGGUUUAAAUGUUAAAUAAAUGUCUUCCAGUCAGAGAAUGUUUCAUAUAAUUUAAUUUUUGCUG